GCCUUCCUGGCCACGUGCGGAGAGGUGAGGCCAAAGCCUCCUGGCUCGAGCCUCAAAGCGCUCACAGAUUCGCCGCAUCGCAGCCCUGCGCUGCCACUGCGAAUCGUUGCCACUGCGAAUCGUUGCAAAAUCCGAGGAGCAGGCCAUGCCGCCGCCGAAGCUAAAAAAGGUUGACAGAGACAAGAAAGGGCAAAGUAGCGUGCCAGAGGCACCAAAGGAGGCGCCGCGUUCGAGUGGACGGCCUGCUGCGUCGCCAGCAACCUCGUCGCAAGUUGCGGUUCAGUUGCCCAUGGUGCGCGUGUACGCCGUCUUACGGGAGGCGCUCAUCAACAACGACCACAAGGUGUGCAUCGGUGCUGAGCACUUGGGAUGGAGCAUGGCAGAAGGUGCUCAGCAUCUGAGUCCAGCGGGACUUGCCCUGAUGGAAGGUCAUCUGUUCUUCAUUGACAUUCACGUACCUCCCGAUGGGCGCCUCGUUUUCAAGAUUGGACAAGACGGUCAAUGGCCGUAUUUUUACAGGUGGGGAACAUAUGAAGGUAUCUGAUUGGGAAGAAAACCCAACGCUAAAAGUCAGGGGAAAUGAAUUUGGGAAUCGUAUCCAUCGCGUCCCACGUGAAGGAGGUGGAAUUAUUGUCGCGGUGGUGGACCACCAGUUCCACUCUAAGACUGCAUCCUCUUCUCCAGAUUUGAAAGUGCGAAUGCAGCUGGCCUUAUGUGAAUGUGCUACCGCACUCGACGACUGGGACAAGCUUGCGUCUGCUGUCGAGCUCGGUUUUGGGUCAACUCCUC